AUGAAUAUAAAGGUUCAAAUGCACAAUGAGUUCAUGCUGGAGGCAUUUAAGGAAGCUGAGACUUCUUUAUUUAAAAACGAAGUUCCAAUAGGAUGUGUACUUGUACAAAACUCGAAAAUAAUAGCCCGUAGCCACAACAUGACAAACCAAACCUCAAAUGCUACUCGCCAUGCCGAAUUUGUGGCAAUCGACAAUGUCUGCCUAGUGUUUUUUGGGGGUUAUAAUGACCGAUUUGGAGGAUGUGGGUCGGUUUUGGACGUCGUUGCGGAUAAUCCUGACAAUUUGAGUGCACUUCCUGAGUUUGUAGGUGGAUUCAUGGCAGAGAGAGCGAUCGAGAUUUUAAAAGUGUUUUAUAAAAAUGAGAAUCAGAACGCUCCUCCGACUAAAAGAAUUCGAAAAAUAUAA